AUGAGACUUUUCCUCAUCCGCCACGGUGAAACAGUCGAUAAUGUAGCCCAAGUAUAUGCUGGAGUCAAAGACUCCGCCCUGACCGUCCAUGGCAAUCUGCAAGCUGAACGAUUGGGGAAAUACUUUGCGGAGAAUGGGCUACGUUUCAGAAGAAUAUUUUCCUCUGACCUGCAGCGUGCUUUGAAAACUGCAACUGCGAUACGCCUGGCACAGCCCCUGCCUGACUGUGAUGCGGCACCUGAGGCAAAAUUACAAGUCACUGCGCUUACGGUCUUGCGGGAGCAGGACUUCGGAUUCUACGAAGGGAAACCGUUUUAUGCCCGUCCUAAGGAUUCUACUAGGUCAGGAAAGGAGAACCACCGAUCUCAACAUCAGGAUGAUCCCGACUUCAAGGAUGUCGAGUCGAAGGAGUCGAUGGCUUUGAGGAUGUCGAGAUUCCUUCACGAUCAUCUAGUGCCCGCCAUACGGAGUGAAUCAGUGGAGCUCACCAGCGACAUUGUGGUCGUAUCCCAUGGGAUAAUCUUGUCCCAGCUAUGGAGAUGCUUACUCACGCUCCUUGCAAAAAAUAGCAUCACUCUAUCUCAAGGGCUCUCUGUGGGCACUGGUGGCAUCACGCCCCUUGAACAUCUUGGCGGAUGGUCAAACACCGGUUACCUGGAGCUAGACAUUCUGAAGAAAGAGUCAGCCGCUACAGGCGAGCUGGCAAUAUCUACUGCUGCGCCGCACACUUUUAAUUCAUCUAACGCCGACAACGACGCGUCUUCACCAUUACACCAAUACAAGGUUGUCAUCAAGACCGUUAAUGGAAAAGAGCAUUUGAAGGGUCUAAAGCGCACCAGGGGUGUUGGCAGCUCAAGGUUCGACGAGAGCCAAAAAUCCAUUGAGUCGUUCUUCAAGAAGAGGAAAGUGUGA